AUGACAGUCCAGAAGCUUUUAAACUUGAGUUUUCCAGUCGUCACUUGGGUUGUUGUCGAACUAUUUGUUCUAUUGCAGAUGUCACCGCUUGCGGCCUCACAGAACGGAAUGGGACUUCAAGGUCAGCAAUCGCAGGGAUCGCUCGACAGCCUCAAGUUAGACAAACGCAUAGCCCGCAUGGGUCUUCUUCCUCAGAUUUUUCUGUGUCUACGUGUGCCGUGCACUAAUAGCAUCAUCCACGGCAGCUUCGACCUCGCCACCACCAACGCCGACAGGAACGUCCUGCGCUCGCACUUCCCUCGUGGAAUUGGCACCGACACCAUCAAAACUUUCCUGACAUUUUUGUACUCCACCAUCAAGGGACUCAAAAUGGGCGAGGGCUUGCUCGAGUGCGUUGUGUGCUUGAACGAGUUCGAAGAUGAAGAGAUUCUACAUUUGCUCCCCAAGUGCAACCACACCUUCCACAACGACUGCAUCGAUGCCUAG